AUCCACCGUCGCAUCUCAAACCUGUCUGUUUCUCUGUUGCUCUCUCCCCCCUCACAACUCAUCCUCUCUGCACAAAAUCUGCUUUGCCAAAUCCAAAUUUAAUUUCUCAAAUCUAAUUAACCUUGAUAUUCUCUUAUCAAAUCAAUUUAAUGCUGCAACCCCAUUUAUCUAUUUCUGGGGACACAUUACUUUUCGAGUUGAGUUGACUCAUCCGAGUCUUUGCGUUCAUUUUUAUUUUCCCCAAUUUUUAAGGCCCAUUUACUUCCUCUUUUCCCCACAACCCAAUAAAGUCGGUUUUUUUUUUUAUGUAGAAAUUCAAUUAAUUAAUUUAUUUUCUUAAAAAAAAGAAAAAAAUUCCCCAUUAAAAGUUAUAGUAUCUGAUAUUUGGGAAAGAUAUUCAGGUUGAAGGAGAACGAGAGUUUUCCAGAUUGCUCUUCUGUCUUAAAAUUUAAUUAAUUAAAAGGUGAAUCAUGUCUGAACAUCAAGUCGACGAAUUCGACUACAUGGCUGAUGAGCAGGAUGUUCCUGAAUUCAUUGACGAAGUGGAUGGGGAGUUUUAUGCUAGAGAUGAUGGCAAUUUAGGAAUGGAUGAGUAUGAGGCGCAGCUUACAAAGGUGACAGAUACCUCUGCUGCCAGUGCUAGACAAGGGAAAGACAUUCAGGGUAUUCCUUGGGAUAGAUUGAACAUAACAAGAGAGAAAUACAGGUUAACUAGGCUAGAACAGUACAAGAAUUAUGAGAACGUCCCAUCUUCUGGGGACUCCAUAGACAAGGAAUGGAAGUCAAAGGAGAAAGGUGGAAAUUUCUAUGAGUUCUUCUACAAUUCAAGAGUGGUCAAGCCUACAAUUCUGCAUUUUCAGUUAAGAAAUCUUGUUUGGGCUACUUCAAAACAUGAUGUGUAUCUCAUGUCCAACUACCAAGUGAUGCAUUGGUCAUCAUUGACUCGAAGCUUAUCAGAGGUUGUUAAUUUUGCUGGACAUGUUUCCCCUAAUGAGAAACACAAAGGAAGCUUGGUGGAAGGUUUUACCCAAACUCAGAUUAGUACACUAGCAGUCAAAGACAAACUCAUGGUUGCUGGAGGGUUCCAAGGAGAAUUAGUGUGCAAGCGUCUUGAUAAAAAAGGAAUAAGUUUUUGUGCCCGGACAACGUACGAUGACAAUGCUAUCACCAACGCUGUUGAGAUAUACAACAGUUCGAGUGGCUGUUAUCAUUUUAUGGCUUCAAAUAACGAUUGUGGAAUACGACUGUAUGAUAUGGAGAGUUUCCAGCACUUGAGCCACUUCCGCUUCCCUUGGCCAGUAAAUCACACAUCAAUUAGUCCUGACCGGAAGCUUAUUGCUGUUGUGGGUGAUCAUGUCGAUGGGUUGCUUGUUGAUUCGCAAAGCGGAAAGGUUGUUUCAACAGUGGAAGGCCAUCGCGAUUUUUCCUUUGCUACCGCUUGGCAUCCAGACGGACAAGUUUUUGCCACAGGUAAUCAAGAUAAGACAUGCCGAGUUUGGGAUGUGAGGAAGCUUUCGGAAUCAGUUGCUGUCUUAAAAGGAAACUUGGGUGCUACCCGAUCCAUCCGAUUUUCAUCAGACGGUAAAUUUAUGGUGGCUGCUGAACCAGCCGAUUUUGUCCAUGUGUACAGCACGAAAGCAAACUACGAGAAGCGACAGGAGAUCGAUUUCUUCGGGGAGAUUUCCGGAGUAUCUUUGAGCCCUGAUGACGAAUGUUUAUAUAUAGGAAUAUGGGACAGGACUUACGCAAGCUUAUUACAGUACAAUAGAAAACAUGCGUACCAAUACCUGGAUUCGUUUUUCUGAAUGAUGGAAACUUGCCUGCUCAAUUCAUUAGCAAGGGUUUGAAAUUUGUGCUUCAAGGUUUCUAAAAUCAUGGAUCUUUUGGCAUCAAAUAGGUUAUAUUAGAAUAAAGCAGCAGGAGAUUAUGCUAGUAAGUAGUAAAGUAUACCUAGUAGAUGUUUGUAUAGCAAGAGGUAUGCUCUCAUAGUACGAUAGGGUUCUGGUUCUUCUAGUUAAACUCCCCAUCCCCUCUUCUUUUCUUCUUUUUCCGGCUGUUUUUUCGCUUUCGGUUAAUGUAAAUGUAUCGGUGUAACAUUGUCUGAAAUCUAGUUGUGAACAUUAAAUCUGUGAAAGGUGUCUGAAUUCCCCCUUCACCAUGAGACUUGUUUUUCUUCUGUGAUGAGGUGAAGAUUUUAUUUGA